AGUCGCAGUGCGGUCACUCUGAUGGACGUGUUUUCUACAGCGGAUCAAAAAUAAAUUACUGCAAACCUAAAUCACAAACGCUCAGGAUCGGCGAGCUCGAAAUCGAAUCACUUCACCGGUCGAACGACGUACUUUAACUGCGCGCCUAGACUAACCGUAGGUUAAGUUAACGCUCAUACGCUGCAAGCAGUGCAGUUGCAUAACCAGCCGUUGCCGAAAAGUUGCAAAAUCACAUCGCAGCGAAAGCCCACAAAGUUCAAAGGACAAUAGAAAGUGGCAAGUGGCCAGUGGCAAGAGGAAGAGGAGUGCGUGCUCAGCGGGUCAAGAGCCCCUCCUCCUGGGGCCUCAGCUCCCCCCUCGUUCCUUACCCCUCCGCCCACAGCGUGCCUUACAAAAACAGUGCGUUCCCCGAGAAAACCCAGUGCGCGUUAACUCCCAGUAACUAGUUGCCCAAUCCGUCGCAGGAAAAGGAGGAGAAGGAGGAGCAGAUCCCGGAACUGGGCAGCCCGCGAAGAUGGCCCAGAACACGGCCGACACCCUCAUCCACCUGAUUGCCGGCGGAUCCGCUGGCACAGUGGGUGCCGUGGUCACAUGCCCCCUGGAGGUGGUGAAGACGCGUCUGCAGAGCUCCACGGCGUUCAUGACGCCCACGCGGCUGGCGGAGAAUGCCGGAGGACCGGCGAAUGGGGGCCAAUCGGAGCUGCUGCGGCCGGAACAACGACGUAAGCUAAGCACAACGAUAUUACGUAACAGAUCACAGCCACAGGUGAUUGGGGGUGUGCGUAGGAUCAUGGCCAUUUCACACUGCGGCAUCUCAUCCACAACGCCCAAGUCCAUGAGCAUCGUGCAGUGCCUGCGGCACAUUGUCCAGAACGAGGGUACACGCGCCCUGUUCAAGGGGCUGGGUCCGAAUCUCGUGGGCGUGGCCCCAUCCCGUGCCAUUUACUUCUGCACCUACUCGCAAACCAAAAACACGCUCAACAGUCUGGGCUUUGUUGAACGCGACUCGCCACUGGUGCACAUCAUGAGUGCAGCCAGUGCCGGCUUCGUCUCCUCCACGGCCACGAAUCCCAUUUGGUUUGUGAAGACGCGCAUGCAGCUGGACUACAACUCCAAGGUGCAGAUGACCGUGCGGCAGUGCAUCGAGCGGGUCUACGCCCAGGGUGGUGUGGCCGCCUUCUACAAGGGCAUCACCGCCAGCUACUUUGGCAUCUGCGAGACCAUGGUUCACUUUGUCAUCUACGAGUUCAUCAAGUCCAAGUUGCUGGAGCAGCGGAAUCAGCGGCAUACGGACACCAAGGGUUCGCGUGACUUCCUGGAGUUCAUGAUGGCCGGCGCUGUGUCCAAGACAAUCGCCUCCUGCAUCGCCUACCCCCAUGAAGUGGCACGCACUCGUCUGCGGGAGGAGGGCAACAAGUACAACUCCUUCUGGCAGACCUUGCACACCGUUUGGAAGGAGGAGGGCAGAGCAGGACUCUACAGAGGCUUGGCCACGCAGCUGGUGCGACAGAUUCCCAACACGGCGAUCAUGAUGGCCACCUACGAGGCGGUCGUCUAUGUGCUCACGCGGCGCUUCAACAACAAAUCGAACGAGUUCUACGACUUUUAGAGGCCUUUCAAAAAGGACUGGUUAACGAAAAGUAGGAGGAGGAACCCAAUCUGUGCAUAUGUAGACGCGACUGCUGCAACUUAAUUGUAAUUUGUAAUCUUACCCCGUUUUUAGACGAUCCAAACCAACGAGCGCAAAUUCUUAGUUAACUAGCUUCUAAGUCACACAUGAAACGAACUCGAUAGACUUAAGACGUUAGACGUUGAACGUUGGCCAACAAUACAAAAUGAGAGAUGAUAAAUGAGAAACACGCACCAGCAUCGAAACUGAAACCCAUUUCGCUGCUGUUUGGUACAGAAGGAUCUGCAAGGGAAACGUUAUCAAAAUUCAAAAAGGCUGCUAUUUAGUUAAAGUUACAAUAUAUAUUGAGUGUAUAAAUGUGGUUGAUUCUUGGAUACGUGAAUACUUGAUAUAGUGUAAAUAGGACUCGAUUCGUUAUUUUCGCUGAGAGUGUGUUGUAAAUAGUUGAAGAGUGAGUCCACUGGCGUUGCAAUACGGCCUAGUUUUCUUAGUUGUAAGCACAAAAUGUUGAAUGCCGCUCUAUAUAUAUAUAGAUAUUGUAGAAACGACCGAUCCCAUACGUACGCUAGCCCUAAUUUGUACACGUUUGCGUUAAGUUUCCUCAAGUGCGAUAUACAAUUUAGUUACCAUUACUCUACCUACCACUACUUUAGUUAUGUUAAUAAUAUUAUCAUUGCUGUUUAUUUAGUCCACUAGUUAGCCAGUUAGUGAGCUCCGCAGCGAGCCAUACUUUUCCCCCCAAAAACGUAUUUCACUGAUAACUAAGGAAACCACUGUGAAUAAUUGAUUGCAAUCCAAAUUUGCUGGUGAAAUCAAUAAAUACAACAAUUUUGUUUAAAAAUA